AUGUUCCCGCGUGCCGUCCGUGCGUCCAUCGUCCCCUCCCGGCGUGUUCUCUGCUCGACUACGAUGAUGCAGCGCACCCUUGCCACGAGUGCUACGGCCGUAGCACCCGGUCGUAUUUUGUGGUCUAGAGCAGCCGUGGGAGCAGUGUUGCACCAGAAACGACCUCUCCCUCGGCGGCGGUCCACACACACAUCACCGCAGCAGGUGUUGGUAGGCGCGACGGCGGCAUCAGCUUUCGAUCAGCUACCGACCGCGAUUCGGUGUCCAGCAACAGGUGGACGUUUGCAGCAGCACAGGUGGCAGCAGCAACGGCAGCAGCGCUCGAGUUUCUCCUCUCAGGUGUCCGAGCAAGAGGCGCACUCAAGCAGCAGCAGCAGCAGCAGCAGCAGCAGCAGUGCAGUGUUAGAGAGAUCUCUGCCUUCCUCUUCGGCCCCGCCGUCGACGUCUUGCCACACCGUCGUGAAGCACCCCCCGGCCCCCGGGUGGGAUUUCCCCCCGGUGCCCGCCGGGUGCGAGCCUACCUUCGCCGUCAUCCGCCUCGGGAACACACAGCACAAGGUGACGAAGGAUGACGUCAUCGUCGCUGAAAAGCUCGUGGGAGACGUCGGCACGACCCUGGAGACCGCGGACGUGCUGCUGGUGGGCACGAGGGAGAGCACCGUCGUGGGACGACCGACCGUCCCGGGGGCAACGGUGAAGCUCUUUGUUGAGGAGCAGACGAGAGACAAGAAGGUGAUCGUGUUGAAGAAGCGACGGCGAAAGAGCUCCAAGACCACCCAGGGACACCGGCGCGAGGUCACGCUGCUGCGCGUCGUGGAGAUAUCGUCCUAGACCUCUCCUCUCACAAAUUGUUUCUGCAAGCGUUCGGGAUGUGGUGGCCGUUUUCAUUGCGUGACUCUUUUAAUGCUCAGGAGCAAGUUGGACGGGGACACCUUGCUAUGAUGGUGGCGCUCUUCGAAAGGGCUGCCUUUGCUUUUCCGGUUGAAUAGUUGAACGGAUGUUUGUUGGACACCCCUCUUGGCGUCUCGCCGUAAGAAGGGGGAGGGGGCGAGAGGAUUGUCUGCCGGAGACGGAAAUCCCGUAUGCCUUCCAACACAAAGUCAGCAACAUCUUAGGCUUGGCUUUUCUGGUCUCCCUGGCCAGUGGCGUCGGCAGUGGCGUAGGCAGUUAUCGCCGUGUUGAAGUCCUUAGGUAUUGGUUAGUUUUGUGAGCUGCUCGAUCUGGCCAAGUACGUUCGGUGGCGACGAAAAGAGGGGUACGGGCAGCUACAAAACGAUCCUUGAAGAGGUGUGCCGAUUGUGACCGCGUGUGGGCCUUUCAGGUGAAGUUACCGUCACGGCCUCGUGGGGUGCCCUCCAGCUAGGAGAGAGCAAUCUGGGUUUUGAAACGCUUGGCUCGCGAUCCAGCCAGACCGACCUCAAGGCGAAUAAUCAUCUGGG